GUAAAAUCAACAUAAUGGAUUAAGCAUCGAAAUUUUGGGAAUAGCUAAAGCUUAGGUGGGUCGCCAUAGCCAAGCCACAAUGAAUAAUGAAUAAAUACUUAAAUAGGGUGGUGAAAGAACCGAGUAACGUGAGAGGGGCGAAUAUAUCAUAAAUCAUUGCGUACAUCUUCCCUCAAAUAAAUAAAUUUGCAAAAUCGGCAGUGAAUCUAUAUUCACAGAAAAUCUCACAUCUUGCUGCUCUAGAGAACAAGAAUCAAGUAAUCGGCGUCGAGUUGAGUUUCCGGCAAUGUGGAAGCUCUGGUGUCUAGUAAGCUUGUUUAUCUGCUCGGUUUCGUUGGCCGCUGCUCAGGGAUCUAGUAGCAAAACCAGUCCUUGGCUAACAUUAAGAGGCGAUCCUCCUUUAGUGGUUGCACGUGGUGGGUUUUCAGGAUUAUUUCCCGACUCCAGUUACAAUGCCUAUACUUUCGCUUUGCUUACUGGUGUGCCUGACAUGAUCCUCUGGUGUGAUGUACAAUUGACUAGCGAUAAUGCUGGGAUCUGUUAUCCAAAUCUUGAUCUUAGCAAUGCUUCCACAAUUUCUUCUCUGUUCAAUAACAGGAAUAAAAGCUACCCUGUGAAUGGAGUCCCUACAACAGGAUAUUUUCCAAUGGAUUUCUCACUUGCAGACCUAGAAAAUGUCUCCUUAACACAGGGGGUGUUGUCUCGAACUCCAGUUUUUGAUGGGUCAUUGAAAUUACUUACUGUGGAAGAAGUUUCAGGGCAAGUGAAACCACCUGGACUGUGGUUGAACAUCCAGCAUGAUGCAUUUUACAGCCAACAUAAUUUAAAAGUUAACUUUUUAAAAAGUCUGGUGACAAACUUCAAAGCAAGCAAAACAACCAAACUAGUUUUCCGGUUCCUAGGUCAGGACGAAACCGAGCCAACCACCAACCAAACAUACUCUUCUCUUUUGACCAAUUUGAAGUUUAUCAAGACAUUUGCUUCCGGAAUCUUAGUUCCUAAAUCAUACAUAUGGCCUGUGGAUCAAGAUUUUUAUUUGCAACCAUCUACAUCACUGGUGUUGGACGCCCACAAGGAGGGUCUAGAAGUUUUUGCUUCUGAUUUCGCGAACGAUGUACAGUUUGCUUAUAAUUACAGUUAUGACCCUGUCGCAGAGUAUCUCUCUUUCAUCGAUAAUGGGAAAUUUGCUGUGGAUGGUGUCCUUUCUGACAACCCGAUUACUCCAUCUGCAGCAUUUGAUUGCCUAUCUCAUCUGGGAAAAAAUCAAGCAAAGAAAGCAAAACCUUUGAUCAUUACAUCUGAAGGAGCAAGUGGGGACUACCCUGGUUGUACUGAUUUGGCAUACAGAAAAGCUGUUUCUGAUGGUGCUGAUAUAAUCGAUUGCCCUGUUCAAAUGACAAGUGAUGGGGUGCCUUUUUGUUUAGGCUCUAUAAACCUUCUUGAUAGAACAACAGCUGCAGAGUCAGGUUUUAGCAACCUUACACAAGUCAUUCCUGAGCUUCAGCCUACUGCUGGGAUAUAUUCCUUUAGCCUCACAUGGACCCAGGUUCAGGGCUUGACACCUGCAAUAUACAACACAUAUAAGAACUACAGUUUGUUUCGGAAUCCAAAAGCCAAAAAUGAUGGAAAGCUUAUGACCUUGUCUGACUUUCUGGCUUUUGCAAGUAAUGCUACUUCUGUUUCUGGUGUCUUGAUCAACAUUAAGAAUGCACCAUACCUAGCAGCAAAUCAAGGAUUAAGUGUCGUGGAUGCAGUCAUGAGUGCAUUAAGUAACUCUACUUACAAUAAUCAGAGGACCAAGAAAAUAUUAAUCCAAUCUCCAGAUGGUGGGGUUCUGAGAUUAUUCAAGGCAAAAAGCAACAGACAUGAACUUGUUUAUGAGGUUGAUGAGAACAUUGGUGAUGCCCAGAAUGCAACCAUCUCAGAUAUUAGUAAAAUGGCUAAUUCUGUAGUGGUUGGAAAGGAAUCUGUAUUCCCUCGCAAUAGUGGAUUUCUUGUUGAUCAAACUGAUGUUGUGACAAAACUUCAAGCUUUUAAGCUCCCGGUUUAUGUACAGAUUAUGAACAAUGAGUUCAUUUCACAGCCAUGGGACUUCUUUUCGGAUCCAUAUGUUGAACUAAACUCGUAUGUUGUGGGAGCUAAUGUUGAUGGUGUUAUUACAGAUUAUCCAGCUACUGCAGCCAAAUACAGAAUCAACAGGUGUUUAGGACUACCACCAAAUCAGACGCCAGCAUACAUGGCUCCUGCUUCACCUGGACAGCUACUGCAAUUCAUGACACCACAGUUGAUGCCGCCAGCUGAGGCUCCCAACCCCAUUUUGACCGAGGCUGACGUGGCAGAUUCUCCUAUCCCUCCAGCCAUAAAACCAUCCCCGCCUACUGGAAAUGCCACGUCACCACCUUCCGCCUCCCCAAGUGGCCAGCCUCCUAAAGCCGCUGUUGGGAUUCUGUUUUCUUCUUUGGCCAUUGUUGUGGCUGCCUUUCUUCUCCUGGUUUGAAAGGAUGGAUCAUUAAAAGUUUAGUUUAGAUUAUUAUUUAUAAAGGAUGCUUUGAUGCGUUCUCGGCUUUUGUACCGAUUGAUUUCAGUUUUUAGUGUUCUUCUUGUAAUUAAGUAUUUAUUUGUUUGUUCCUGGUAUGUAAUUUGAGAACAAACAUGAGACUGUGAUGAAUUCUUUGUAUGUUAUGUUAAGUAUUAUUGUAUUGGUUUGAUUUGUUUUAGUAUCCGUAACUACGGACUUGGACAUGUUUUGCAACCUAUGUAUAUGAUUGAAUUUGGUAAUGGAC